AGUUUCAGUGAGUGUCAAUCUAGAAAAUAUAUGUAUACUUCUAGUGUGUAUAUUUCGUGACGUAACCGGGAAAGUUUAAGAUUUCUACUGUGAGAAAAAUAUAUUUUCUUUACGACUCAGUUUAAUUCAGGACAUGGACGAAAAAUUGCCAAAAAGACGAUGGAAAGAAAAAAGAAACACGUUUUAUGUUGUUUUGAUAGUUACUUUAGUAAUAGUGUUAUCAGGGGUGAUUGUGGUGUUGAAGUUAAGAAAAAUAUACAGGGACAACAUAUGUCUCAGUGAGGACUGUGUCAAUUCUUCAGAAUACUUCUUGGAUAUAAUAAACAAUUCCAUCAAUCCCUGUGAUAAUUUCUAUGAAUUUGCUUGUGGUGGAUAUCAAGAAGCGACCUCGACUCUGGCCGAAUCGCAAAAGAGAGUACUGCAUGAAUUAGAAUUAUUUACUCUCGGAGCUAUCAAGGCAGACGAUGCUAAGUCGAUUAAAAUGCAAAAAAAAUAUUACAAAACUUGUAUGGAUACUCUAGCAAUAGAGGAAGAUGAUAAUCAGAGUAUCAAGAAAAUGUAUGAACAGCUUGGAGGGUGGCCCAUAUUAUCCUUGGAAUGGAUUAACUCUUAUAACUUGGAAAAAAUUACCAAGCAAUGUGCGGAGAUGGGAUUGUUCUACAAUUGGUUUUUCGAGAUUGAUACUUAUCAGCGUUCGUUAACAGACACCGAGCAUCUGCUUAGAAUUUUGCCUCCAACUAAUACGAAUUUUAUCAAGCACAUUCACAAAACCAACUAUCAAGUCCUUAUACAGAAUAUUGUGAAAAGGCUGGGAUCUAAUAGAGCCUUAGAUGAAAUUGCUGAUGCAUCCAGAAAAAUCGUUGAAUUUGAGAAUUCUUUAGCUCAGAUUAUUUCAGAAUCUACAGCCCACAUUACAAACAAGACGGUGAGUGACUUAAAAAGAGAAUUUCCUAAUAUUCCUUGGGCUUCUUUAUUCACAAAUGUUGUCAUUGAAACCAAUGCUUCAAUAGAAGUAUCUUCUUUGUAUUUUUCAAAACUUAUACGACUACUGGAACAAACUAGUAUCAGCACCAAAGCAAAUUAUAUAUUUUGGAAAAUCACCCAGUUUUUGUAUCCAUUCCUGUCGAGAGAUAUUAGAAGAGAAUUCGAAGCAUACGAAAAUGUGAUUAACAACAGCCAACCUAGCCGCAGAUCAGAUUUCUGUUCGGAUAUUAUACAAACAGUAUUCGCUUACGUUUCUGAAGCAGCUUAUGCCAGAAAAUAUUCAGCGGAAAGAGAAUCUAUUAAUGAAAUUGUGAACAACAUUAAACAUAUAUUGCAAGAUCACAUCAAUGAGUCUAAAUGGAUGAAUCAGAAUCACAAGACCUAUGCCCUAGAUAAAUUGCGUAAUAUUAAAGUGUUCAUUGGUGCACCAGAUGAGGUUUUCGAUGAAAAAAAAUUUGAUAACCUUUUAGGUGUUGAUGAGAUCAAUAUUCUUGGUUUUAAUAAUACAUUGGAUAUAGUAAGAGCAGUGGACAUAAGUCGUGACAAAUAUAAUCUCAAUUUGACGAGGCAGAAAAUCAGUUAUCAACAAGGCGAAUUAUAUCGCGACAUUGUAACUAUCGAAGCUAAGUAUCUACCGAAAGAAAAUCUUAUAUAUAUCCCAGCUGCAAUAAUUGGGGGAGUAUUUGAUUCUCAUAAAGGGUUGAAUUUCCGGAAUUACAGCGUUUUGGGAACCAUAAUAGCACACGAGUUUACUCAUGCUUUUGGAAUAGUGGAUACUUUUAUGCAUACGACUGAAAAAGAAAUACGGAAAUGGUCCAACGAAACCUAUCAGUCAUUUUCGAAAAAUACAGAGUGUCUUUUGGAAGAAUGUUCACAAUUUGAUCUAAAGGGUUCGAUAAAUGAAACAUGCAACAAACUGUUUGACGAAAAUUUUGCUGAUUACGCUUCUGUCGAUAUAUCCUAUGAAGCAUUCAGAAAACAGAAAGCCGAAAGUAUCAAUCAACUACCUGGGCUUAAAUAUAAUUCAAACCAGCUAUUUUGGUUAAGUUACGCAGGCACCAUGUGUAGUGGCAAUACAAAUGCUACUACAUUAAUUCGGAGGCAUUUAAAUCCAGCAUUUCGAAUUUUAGGCUCUUUCAGGAAUUCUAGACACUUUGCUAAAGAUUUUAAUUGCAAAUCCGGAACCUAUAUGAAUCCUGUUGAUAAGUGUAUAGUGUUAUGAAAAAUGUUAUUCAUCUAAUGUUUUAUUGUUAUAGUGAAGACUUUAGAAACAAUGGAAAUAUAAAACAUUGAAUUGUUUCAUAUGGAGUUAAUAAUGUAUUAUGUUUUAAAUACAAUUUAUUUGGAACUAGUGAAUGUUAAGUAAUGAUUAAUGAAUCCAUUCCAACCUGCCAUGUAGCUCUCAAUUAGCAUGUGAAAAUGUAACAGAAUAAAGUAUGCACAGAUGGAAAAAGAACAGUUUUUAUUGCACCAUUAAUAACGUUUUUAAGAAUAUUCUUGUCAAUUGAAUUAUAAUGGAAUGAGCAGGAGAACAUAUAUAAUUUGAGUAAAUAUAAAUAAAGUGUUUAGUGCUUAAUGUAUGCUAAACUAGCAGUAUACACCAAAAAGCAGUUAUUAUUUCGAUAUUUUUAUAUAUAACCAAGAAGUAAAGACACCGAUUUUGUAAUUUGCUUGAGAAACUAGAAAUAAAUUGAUAUGUUAUUAUAGAUAUCUACUAAUAAAAAAGUGGGGCGGUGAGAUUACUCAAGAUUCUCAAGAACAUAAUUUGGAGACGGAGCUGGUCCAGUGCUUGAAAUGUGAAAGAGAUUAUAUUUUAUUAUUAAAAGUAACAAAGAGAAGAAAUGUUUAGUUACUUUUCCAUUUAUAACAUUAGCACGGCAAAAUGAGGAAUGCUUUCAUUUUGAAAUAUUCUCGUAGUUAAUGAUUAUUAAAUAAUAAUGAAAUUGAAUAAAUUAACGUAUGAUACUUGCGAAGAUUGAAUAUCCUUUUGGCCAUUUUGUGGAAAUAUUUAGUUCGUCAUCAUUAAGGUAGAAUAAAAGUUUUGAGAAA